CCAAAUUAAAUAAAGUGCACCUCGAUUGGCCUUAGCCGCCUCGUCAUCUCACGCCUUGUCAUCUCAAACUCAGCUUUCUUCGUUAUGCUUGGUGACGAUGAGGACGUUUUCGACAGCGUAACGUGGGAUUCUACUACCGCCGCACCCUAUGAAGUUGUACCGUCGUCGUCAGGCCCUGGAUUCAGACAGGACAAUGCAGGAGCCAAUGAACCAGGCCCUCAUGAACCUAAGUGGGAAGGAUACCUCAUUACUUCAGUUCAAGAUCCUAUGAAGGAGCUGGCAGAGACAAAGGACGCUUAUGUUUCGUAUUUGGUUUUGGCAAAGACGAAUCUCCCUAUUUUCUCAACGCCGAAUACCUCUGCAAGAAGGCGAUUCCAGGACUUUUUGUUCUUAAGAGAACAUCUUGUGAAGGACUUUCCGGCAUGUGUAGUUCCUCAAUUACCAGGCAAACACCGGUUAGAGUAUAUCACUGGAGAUAGAUUUAGCCCAGAGUUUAUGGAAAGAAGGCGGUUGGAUCUCCAUCGAUUCUUACAACGUUUAUCUCGUCAUCCAACUCUUCAGCGAAGUACAUUGGUCCGUGCUUUCUUCGAAUCGACGGAAUGGCACGUCCAUAUGCACCAACAUGUCGCCCAUCCUCCUGGCCCUGAAACUUCAACCGGUAUUGUGGACAACAUCACCGACACGCUUCUCAACGCCUUUUCUCGUGUCCGGAAGCCCGACGAGAGAUUUGUGGACAUGCGCGAUACUGUGGACAAGUUUGAAGAAGGUCUCGUUCUCUCCGAACGUUUGUGGACUAGAGUUCGAGGUCGAACAAGUGACCUCACAGCGGACUAUCAUGAUUUAGCCGUUGCUGUUCAAGGUCUUGGUUUCCUAGAAUCCGGUAUAACAGACCCCCUCAACCAUUUCUCCAAUACUCUCUUGGAAUUUUCCGCGCUUUUAAGACAUCUCAAUCAAACAACGACUGAUCCCUUCCUCGCCCAUCUUCAUUCACUCCUGUCUUACUCUCAUGCCAACAGAGCCGUUCUCAAAUUGCGAGAUCAGAAACAACUCGAUUUCGAGGAGCUCUCGGAUUAUUUAUCUGGGGUGACAGCGGAGCGCGAUAGGUUAGCAGCGAUUAUAAGUGGGCAUGCUGGAAGUACCGGGCUGGGACUUGGUGCAUACCUUAAGGACCGCGUCGACGCUCUUCGAGGGACAGACGAUGACAGGAGCAGGGUGGAGAGGAUGAGGAAGUUGGAUGUCAAGAUCAAAGAGCUUCAAGAUGCUGUUACAACUGCGCAUGAGACCUCUGAUGCGUUUAGUGACGAAACCCUUCGAGAACAGACGAUAUUCCAGCAUGCUAAAGAGGCAGAGAUGAAGGAAAUGCUAGGGAAACUCGCCGACGGACAGAUCGAAUUUUACAAAGCAGCAAUGGAGGAAUGGGAUAGGAUAAUACCCGUCAUCCAACGCAUACGUGUGGACGUCUAGUAGUCGGUUAAGUAUACGAACUUGCAUUGAUU